CAACUCGUGCUACAAAAGUAACAAUUUAGUUUUUUCUUCAAUUUUCUCGAACAUAAUAUCAACUGAACAUCUUCAGAAAGAUGUCGGAGCCAAGUUCUAAGGAUACUGUUCUGAAAACAGCGAUGGUAUAUGUUUGCGGCGAAUGUCACUGCGAGAACGAAAUGCGGCCAAAAGACGCGAUUCGGUGCCGAGAAUGUGGUUAUCGGAUUAUGUACAAGAAACGUACGAAGCGGUUGAUUGUAUUCGAUGCUCGCUGAGCCAGAGACAACACCAUCAAUUUAAACUCAAUUGGACAUUCACACUAACCAAAUUACGAUAAUUUUUGUGCUAAACUUACUUUUCGGUCGGAUAAUAAAAACAAGUUCAUAACAUACAA